UGAAUGAUUUAUCUGCCCAUUGAAGCCACAUGGCCUGGUGGGACAGCCCCACCUGGCUGUCAUUUACUAGCUCUAUUGACUCAAAAAACUACCCCAUUAAGUCAGAAUCUGCUCAGCAUCAUUGUGUGGAGUGAAAGAAGUCUUGGAGUUCACUGAAGAAAUAGGUUGGAGCUUUUGUUGUUGAAGGAAUGACUGUGGUAGUGUAAGACUCCCUGGAAACUUGUAGGUGUACUUUCUUGGCAGAGUAUCCUCUUAGGGGAAACUUACUAGUUAAUAUAAGUAUUUACUGUAAGAUAAUCCAUGUGCCAAACUGCCCAUCUGCCUGGUCCAUGAGCUCUUACUGACCCUGGACAGCUGUAGGCAUAGGCCCUGAAAGGUCUCUACAAUGAGGACUCCAGAGUUUGCUCACGGGCCUGCUGCCCAUGGCUCUGUGCAAAGGAACCCAGGUGGAGCACUGGCUGGGUAGGGGCGAUGGUGACCCCCGAGCCAGGCCAGAAUCUUCCAUUCUUCCCAGAGGACCCCACAAGGGACCAUGUGGCAGGAAGCAGCCACCUAUCCUGUGUGUGUGUGUGUGUCCUCUUCCAGGCUGUCACCCAGGACACCUGUGAGCCAGAAGUGAGUUGGAGUUCUCCAGCACUGCCGGUGCCAUGGACCCUGAGGUCAGCAACGGUUCAUGCCUUGGGAAAGAGUGCAUCACAGACCUGCUGGUGUUUGGCUUCCUCCAAAGCCACUGUGAUAAGUUCUACCAGGAGCUGGAGGUGUUGCGCCAGGAGCUGCCCGGGCAAUUUUACCUGUGUGGGGGCUGGGAUGAUGAGCUGCAGACAGAUGGCAACCGGGCCAGCCGCUCCUAUGGGGGAAGAAUAGAGGCAGAUUCUGAAAGUCAAGAAGAAGUCAUCCAGAACAUUGCCCGGCAUCUUGCCCUAGUAGGGGACGAGAUGGAUCGCAGCAUCCACCCGUCACUGGUGAACAACCUGGCAGCACAGUUCAUGAACCGCAGCCUGCUGGAGGAAGACAGAAGGAACUGCCUGGCUACUGCCCUGAAGGAGGUGGCACAGACCUUCCCGAGAGACAUGGAGAAUGAGAAGGCCAUGCUGAUAAUGACCAUGCUGUUGGCCAGAAAGGUGGCCGAUCACACACCGUCCCUGCUUCGUGACGUCUUUCACUCCACAGUGAACUUCAUUAAUGAGAACCUAUUUGCCUAUGUGAGGAACUUAGUCAGAAAUGAGAUGGACUGAUUGGGUGCCUGUGAAACAUGACUGGCUGAAACCGGUGACAGCAGUGUAGCUGCUUCCAGAGAAGGAGCCAUGGCCACAUAAACAGACGUCUGGCAGAAUACCAGCCCCGGACAGUAGCUCUUGCUCCCCUAUUUUCAGGAUAAUGUUUUAGGCUGGCGACCUAUGUAGAAAUAGUUACAUUGAGAUACCUGAAUGAAAAUGUCAACUUGCAUAUAUUUGCAGGGCUUUCAAGCCCUCUCCUACAUCUAUACUUUGCCUUUAUGCCUUUAUUUCAGCUGUACAGGUUCUCACUGGAAAAUUAAAUUUAAAAGCAGGUUAUAAGGCAGAAGAAAACACAAUUUUUUUUUUUGUCUAAAAAAAUUUAUUAAAGUACAACCUUGGGGCAUGGUCUUAACAGUAGGCAAUAUCCUAUUGAGAGCCAUGCUUGGAGGAAAACUGCAUAACCCUUUCCUCCCCUUUUACAAGUGAAACAAAACAGAACAUCAUAAUACCAAGGAGGGAUCAAUCUUCCUGUAUAAAAACCAAAUGGCACACAGGUUUGGAACUAAGGUGCUGUUCCCAAAUCACAGGAAACACAGGCCUCCAUCCAAGGUGUUUGUCUUGAUUGCCUUUGAGUCGAGAAGAAUCAGGCAGAGCUGUGAGGGUGAUGUAAGGGUCCACGUCAGCCACUGUCUCUUCAGUGGCCAAAUACAUGUUUUCAAGGCUUUGAUAAAACUCCUAAGCUGAUGGACUGUCAUUAAUAAUAGCCUUAUAUUGUCACUUUUCAGUCAUACCUCAUCUCAUCCAUGCCUGGAAACUGUAUCUGGUGGGAACAGGCUUCUAGGGAUCAAAGAUGAAAGUGCAGUUAGACUUUUAAAACUCAGCAGCUGGGGCUGGGAAGCAGCUCAGAGGUACAACACCUGCCUAAAUGUACAAGGUCUUGGGUUCAAUCUCCAGCCCUGGGAAUUAAAAAGAAAAAAAAAGGCAGCUAAAAGUGGUUCCCUUUUCUAGGGUCAGUCAAAACUCAAUUCCCAAGUCUCCUGGGGGUCCAUGCUACAUGCGUCACCUUUGGUAGUCCGUGAUGCUUUGGGAAGCACACAAGUAAUGAAGCACUAAUAAACCAUUCCUGUUACGAUAUCCCCUUUUCUGUUCCUUAAGAAUUUAAGUUUAUCAGAAAAACCACUCUACACCAGUCAGCAUUAAAUAUACACCCACACUAGUGCUGAAUUCAGCCUGACGUGGGCAAAAGGUUACAAACCCUUAAAAGCAGACAGGUGCCUGCAGUAAGAAGGCACCAUUUGGAAAUAAGCCUUCCAGUAAUGCUAUUAUUUUUAAUGUUUUGAAGUGGAAAGAAGCUGAAUUACAUAUACAGUUGCAUAUAUGGUCAGUCAUUACAGAUUCUCAUUGGGGGGCAUAAUUUCUUCCAAAGGAAGCAACAUAAAUCAAAUCUAAACUAAUGGAAAAGAGAUCUGAAACUGAAUGGUCCCAGACUCUAUCAUCUCAUGUUUAAUCAUUCACAGCAUCUCCAGCUCCUGCUGUUUCACUUAAUAGGCCACCAUUUUAAUAAAGUUUAAACAGAGCCAGCUCAUGCCUGUAAUCCUCGCUACUCAGGAAGCAGAGAGCAGCAGGAUCAAGGUUCAAAGCCCAGCCCUGGCAAAC